CUUCAGUUGUGCUCUUGAUACAGCCGCUUUGAUCUAAGCGAGAACCACACACCGGGAAUUCAUAUACAAUUGCUCCGUCCCCAGCAAUGUCGUUUCCGCCACAGAACCCGACCUUCCGCACUGGCUCCGUCGCUUCGGUGUCGUCCAACGCCACAGUGGUCCCGGCGCCAAAGAAACAGAAGCCAUACUACUACCACCAGUUGUUCAACAAGGUUUUGAGGCAGAGAUUGCGAUACUUUGACCGUGUGUCGGUGGUGUUGGCGCUCGUUGUCAGUUUGCUCCUCAACCUCCCCACCGGCGGCUUCUGGUCGUACUUGCUCCUCGUGCCCGUGAAAACCGCGGCGUUAUGGUUGGGCUUCCACCUCAUCAAGUCCUCCCGCGAGAUCCACGUGCGUGUGGACUACAUGCCGUACAAGACGCUAGCCGGCCGCCUUUCCGGCGAGCUUUUGAAUUGGAACUUUGUUUCCGUGAUCAUUGGCUUUGCCAUCUCUUCCUGCAUAUACUACUUGUUCGUCUACUUGUCCUUCGAUAGCUUCCCGUUGGCCAUCGAGACCAAGACCCGAGGUAAGGCCUUGGUCAACGACGAGUUGGUCUAUUACAUGUUCUUUGUGGGGUUCAGCUCGGUCGUCUACUCCGCCAGACACGUCGCCUUGGACUUGAACAGACUCCGGUUCAAGUACGCCGUCGCCCGCGUCAAUCCCCAGUCGGUCUAUAUGGACCAAUGGGGCAAGUUUUUGCGCAACGCGGUGGUUAUCUCAACGGUCACCACCUUCAUGGCUCCAGUGGUCUACUUCUUUACCAGAUUCCUCAUCUACCGCACCUCGCUUGUUCCAUUACUUGUCUUGGGCUACAGCACCGCCAUUCCACCCUUCAAAAUCUCCUUUGGUUUGUUUACCAGACUUUUCGCCAACAGCGUCAUAUUGACCUUUUGCUGGGAGUUGUUGAACCACUUCUUUAACGUGUACGCCCAGGUUGGCUGUCUUGACGGGAAAAAGCCAUUGAGCACCUUCUCCAACGACCCUAUCAACACCUUGUUGACGGGGUUGCGCGAUAAGAACGCCUUGGUGCGUUUGACCGCGUUCCAGGAGUUGGCCUUCUUGGCCACCGCCGAAGACCGAAAGUUGAGAGAGCCGUUCUAUAUCGCCCACAACAAAUCUAACUAUGUCUGGUUGGCUAUUUUGCAGGAAUGCUCCGCGGUUGUCAAGGAAACGUGCAAGAGCAUUACCAGCAGGCCCAAGGUGCCAGAGAUCCAGACCACGGACACCUUCGAGAAGACCUCGCCUGCCAGUAUCUUUGGCAAUGCCAAGCCAGCCUCUACGAAUUCCGUGCUUGAUUCGCUAAACGUCGACCUCCGCUCUCGUUCCGUGACUCCGCCAACCGCCAACAGAGACUUUUACGUGCGCCAGCCAACCAAGACCAGGUCAGAACAAUUGAAGGAAAGCUUACAGAGGAUCAAGGAGGAAGACCUCUCGCCAGCGCAGUCCUUCCUCAAGUCGGCCUACACCCAGGCCCAGGCUCUCUACACCACCUACUACAAGAACUUCCUCCACACGGCCGUCGGGUAUCCCUUCCGUCAGACGGUGACCCUCGAUGUUGAAUCACGUGUCGUGAACGCCACUAACUUUGGUAAUGCGCUCAUUGCAAUGUCCUACCUCACGUGGAAUGCGCUUGACGAAGACUCCCAGGGGAUUGUCAGCGGUUCCUUGACCGACGUGCUUGUGUUGUUGGAGAAAGCCAUCUCUGCCUGUGCCGAGUAUGUCGAUCAUCCGCCAAAGAACCUUUACAAACCACUCUCAGGCGAUGUUCAGGCCACCGGUAUGGCUGUGCUCCACGAUUUAGCCAUGGAGUGUUUCUUCCAGUUGACCGUCAAGUACAACGAAUAUCUUAAUGACUUGUUGUUGCCUCCUGACGUGUUCCGGUUGGCCAAACUCACCAUUGAUAAUGCUAUCGCCGACCAGCAACAGCAGAUGCGCGAAAAAGCUGCGGCCGGCGAUCUCACCAUGGAGAUUUAAGAACCCCUUCUCAUUUGUAUAUUAACCCGACUAUAUUAGUUUCUUUCUGUGUGACACGUUUCACAUUAAUUUAUUAGACUCCUAUUAU